AGGUGUUUUUCACGCUGAGAGGAGAGGCGCGCGCCAAAGAUGAAGUCCUUUGUAGUGUCUGCGCUUGUGCUUUGCGUCCUGGUAACAAAAGCUGAGAGCGCGUCCAACGCAGUUGCUUGGUGUUACCACCUGCCAUCAUGCAAUUUCUCCACCUGGUCAAGUAUCGCCGCUCCGUUUUGCAAUGGCACGCGACAGUCACCCAUUGAUAUAGUAACGGCAAACGCCACCUUUAACGCCAACCUGACGGCGUUCACUUUUCAAAACUACAACAGCACCAGCGCCUUGACGAAGAUUGAAAACACUGGCAAAACAAUCAAAGUGGGCAUUGCCAGUGGGGUCACGGUGUCUGGAGGGGGUCUGAGUGAGUCCUACGACAGCCUGCAGUUCCACUUGCACUGGGGAAAUGGCACCGCUGUCCCCGGAUCCGAGCACACUGUGGACGGGAAGCAGUUUCCCAUGGAGUUGCACAUUGUGAACAGCAAGUCUUCUCUGAAUGGGAACACAACUCUGGCUGUCGGAGACCCUGAAGGACUUGCUGCACUUGGAUUUUUGAUUGAGGCGCUGCCUAGCAACGUGACAGAAUCACCGGAAGCCUGGAAGAAUUUGACUUCCUACUUGCAGAACAUCACGCAGAAAGGUCAGUCGGUUACCAUAACCGAUCCCAUCUCCCUGGAUUCCCUCCUCGAUGGAGUGUCUCUUACCAACUAUUACCGCUACAACGGCUCCCUGACCACCCCUGCCUGUAACGAGGCCGUGGUGUGGACCGUGUUCAACGAUACGAUCAAAAUCAGUGAAGAUCUGAUCAACCGCUUCAGCACAAUAGUGCGAAUCAACGGCAGUUCGUCACCUCUGAUGGUCAACGUGUUCAGGGGGGUCCAGUCGCCGCUGCCCGUCCAGAGGUCGAGCUCUCCGGCUCGGAUCAGCUGCUCGCUCAGCCUGGCGGCUCUCAGUCUGGCUCUGUGGACGAGUUAAAGCUGAACUUUCUGUAUCUUGCAAGAUGCUCACAGUGUUUUGAUGCAACAGUUGAAAACCUCAUGAACGUGAGCAUCGUGACUGGUACUUUAUUGAUUGUAUUAGAUCAUAUCUGCAUUUUGCCGUGCUGAAUGCAUUUGUCUCAGGUUUACUCAGUGGA